AUGCACCAUAAAUUAUUUGGGAACAGAAUGUAUGCAAUUAUUCAACGCAGUUUGAUUAGGGUUCCGGCCAAUUCCGUCGCCCCACAGUUUCUCGCGCAUUUCUCCUCUCGGAAAUUACCUUCUGAUUUCAGCACCGGCGACGCCACAUUCACCAUCACUUAUCUCACAAAUUCAUGUGGACUCUCCUUGAAUGACGCCUUCUCCGUCUCCAACAAAUUGCGCAUCAAAUCGCGCCACACUUCCGAUGCAGUUCUGCAAUUACUCAAAACCUACGGCUUCACAGAUGCUCAAAUCUCUAAGCUCCUCACCAAAUGGCCGGGCGUUCUUCAAUCCUGCGCCGACAAAACCCUAUCGCCCAAGCUCGAAUUCUUCCGCUCAAUCGGCGUUCCUCCCGCCGCCCUGGCGCAGAAGCUCUCCGAGUAUCCCUUUUUACUGCGGCGCAGCUUCGAAAACUACUUCACCCCGUGGUAUAAUUACUUGAAAGGCAUCGUUCCAUCCGAUAAAAACAUCGUCGCUGUGUUUCUCAGCAGUCCUAUGGCGUUCACACACGGCUGGCCGGAAAGGGUGCCUUCCAACAUCGCGAUUUUGAGAGGGAGAGGGGUGCCUGAAUCCUCAAUCGCUUCGUUGAUGGUGAGCAAGCCAUCCAUGAUGAUACUGAGAAAGGAUAAAUUCAGCGCUUGUGUUGAUCGUGCUGCUGAAUUGGGAUUUCCGGCGUCGAAAGUUGUGUUCGUCCGCGCCCUCCAAGUGUUCGGUAGAAUGUCUGAGUCGACUCUGAAGCAUAAAAUGGAGGUUUACAGAAGGUGUGGCUGGUCCGAAUCUGACCUGAAUGCUGCAUUUUUGAGGCAUCCCCUUUGUAUGAAACUGUCCCAGAAAAAGAUCAGAGCCAACAUGGAUUUUCUCGUGAAUGAAUUGAGAUUGAAGCCUAGUGAAAUCGCCCAAUGCCCCUCGGUUCUUGAUUACAGCUGCGACAGAAGAAUGAGGCCGAGGUGGAUUGUUGUGAGGAUUCUCAAAGCAAGAGGGUUGAUGAAUGAAUCGAGGAGCAUCACCAGCUUGUUUCAUAUGCCGGAGGCGAAUUUCUUGAAGCAAUGCAUCUUCGAUCACGAGGAGGAAUUUCCGGAGCUGUUGGAUAUCUAUCGAGGCACGAUCAGCCCACCAGAAUGAGUCGUGAUAUCGAAAUGAGUUUGAUUUUGAAAGAGAACACUGAGCGCGCCCAGAAAAGAUGGUAUCUUUGGGCUCCCCUCCUCCGGCAAAUCACCGGCCAGCGACCCAACAUUCACUAUUUCCUACCUCACCAACUCAUG